GGCGGAGCCUGCGACUAUUUCAGGCAGUGUUCAGUCGGGGCCAGGACAGCGGCGACCCAGCCUGGACACACAGGACUGAGCCAGGGUCAUGCUGAAGAUGAUGACCUUCUUCCAAAGCCUUCCAAGCCAGCAGCCUAUGCCAGAGACCUUCCACUUCCCUGGAAGUCCCCCCAAAUUGCGCUCUGUAUCAGAGGCCGAGUCAGAGACCUCCAUGUCAGAGGCUUCUUCUGAAGACUUAAUGCCACCCCUCCUGGCUGGGGUGGCCCCAGGUGGGGAGGAGGAAGAAACUGCAAAAAAGGAGAAGAAGAAGCCAAAAGGACUGGCCAACAUGUUUAGCGUCUUCACCAAAGGGAAAAAGAAGAAGAAGAAGGGUCAGCCCAGCUCAACAGAGCCAGAGAGCGAGCCCAAGACCAAGCCAGAGCUGGAUGGGCCAAUGCCCACAGUGGAGGAGCUGAAAGAGGCCCUGGAGCUCGGGCGACUGGAGGCGGCGCGGCCGCUGCUGGCGCUGGAGCGGGAGCUGGUGGCGGCGGCGGCGGCGGGCGGCAUGAGCGCGGAGGAGCUGGUGCAGCGCCAGAGCAAGGUGGAGGCGCUGUACGUGCUGCUGCGCGGGCAGGUGCUCGGCGUGUUGCGGAGGCCACUGGAGGUGGCGCCCGAGCGGCUGCGCCAGGCGCUGGCCGUGGUGGCGGAGCAGGAGCUCGAGGACCGUCGGGCGACGGCGGCGGGGCCCCGGGCGGCAGAGCUGGCGGCCACGCGCCCGCGGUGUUGGCUGCAGCUGUGGCGGGGCGGCGUGGCCGAGGUGGCGGCGGAGCGCCUGGCUGCGCCGCCGACUACGGGCGCCGAGGGCCUCUCGGAGGCCGAGAGAGUCUUCCUGCACAUGGGCCGCACCAUAAAGGAGGACCUGGUGGCCGCGGUGGAACGGCUGAAGCCGCUGUUCCCCGCCGAGUUCGACGUCGUGGCCACCUACGCUAAGAGCUACCACGAGCACUUCGCGACCCACCUGAGCGCCAUGGCGCAGUUCGAGCUGUGUGAGCGCGACACCUACUUGUUGCUGCUCUGGGUGCAGAACUUCUACCCCAAUGAAAUCCUCAGCAGCCCUAAACUGGCAGGGGAGCUGCAGGGUAUCAAGCUGGGGAGCCUACUGCCACCUAAGCAGAUCCGGUUGCUGGAGGCUACAUUCCUGUCAGGAUUGGGAAGACAUUCAGAUGGAACAGCACUCAGUAAACCCAGAAAGCCUGGGAGGAACGGGGAGGGAGGCUGCUAUUGUCUCAGUGUUUGUGCUGGUCUUAAAGAAGCCCCUUCUGGUUUUUCCAGCUACCAGCACACCUUUGAUGAAUUUCUGGAGAGAGGCAAACAGCUGAAAAAUUACAGGGCCAAUGUCAUUGCCAACGUCAACAAUUGCCUGUCCUUCCGAACAUCUAUGGAGCAGAAGUGGCAGAUACCACAAAAUCCCUCUAGCCACCUGCUAGACCCCCUGAAUGAGCUCAAGGGUCACAGCUUUGACAUCCUUCUCCAGAACCUCUUUGUGGACCUGAAGCCACUGUUCAAGAAGUUCACCCAGACUCGCUGGGCAGCGCCAGCUGAGAUCCUGGAGGAAAUCUUCACCACUGUGUUCGGAAGGCUGCCUGAGUUCUCAGAACUGCAGGACUGUUUCCAGAAGGAACUCAUGGAGGCUGUGCACCUGCACCUGGUGAAGGAGUACAUCAUCCGCCUCAGCAAGCCUCGCCUGGUCCUCAAGACAGCUGAGCAGCAGCAGCAGCUGGCGAAGCACAUCCUGGCCAAUGCUGAAGCCAUCCGGGACUUCUGCACUAAGAAUGGCUCCCCAGCAACCUGGCUGCACCUUGCCCUCCCCACACUCGCUGAGAUCAUUCGUCUGCAAGAUCCCAGUGCAAUCAAGAUGGAGGUAGCCACAUAUGCCAUCUCAUACCCUGACUUCAGCAAAGGCCAUCUGAGUGCCAUCCUGGCCAUCAAGGGGAACCUAUCAAGCAGUGAUGUCAAGAGCAUCCGGAAUAUCCUGGACAUCGAUAUGGGAGUGCAGGAGCCCUCCAGGUCCCUAUUUUCACUUAUAAGUAUUGGUUAGCUUUUCCUGCAGUCUGACCUGCUUGUGAGCACCCAGCAAGCAUCAGGCACCACCCCACUUGGGGACUGUUUAGACUGGUGCUGUCUUUAUGACCCCUCAUGGGCCUCUUACAUACUGCUGCUGCUUCUGUCCAGCCCUGGCUCUGGACCAGGACCUGGGCAGCUAGGGUUGGACAGACCCCAGUUCACUUACAUGUCCUGUGGGGAACACUAGUUACAGGGAGAAGAUACAUCGGCACCUAAGAAACUGUAGAAAUGAUGGUUGAUCGUGUCUACAUAAAAGGAGGGAACUGAGGCAGGGAGGGUAUGGCCAGAGGUCAGGGAUCCUGGGCCACUCCCUGCCCUUCUACAGUCUGUCUCCUAAUGGUCCUCCUUAUGGGUGGGUCUGAAUGUGCCCCUUCAGCUUCCUAGGGCUGAGGCCAAGCUUCACUUGUUCUGCCUCCUUCGGCUCAGGCCACCAUGAGCUGGGAAGCAAUUCUAGAACUGAAGACAGAACUGGAAAGGAAAGAAGGAAAAAAUCAACUCUUAUUUGGGGCCUGGAAAGGGGCUUUUAGGGCUCCAUGGUGAGCUAAGGGCAGAGAUGGCAUCAGAACAUACUUCUGAUUGUCAAAUGGCCCUGGCAGGCUGCCCCUGGAGCAUAGGCCCAUACCCUCCUCUGUACUCCUCAAGGGCUUCCCCUAAGGGGGAACCUGUGUUGUCCACCAUAGGUUAUUCCAGUGUCUAUUGGGUCCUCCAAAGUUCACCCUGCCCCCCAUGCAGGGGGUCAGACCCCAGGGCUGCCUCUGUGAGCCCUGCCACCUGAAAGUCUGGCUGAGGACUGGCAGGAUUGGGGCAAGCUCUGUAUCAUUUCCUAUUGCUGCUGUAACAAAUUUCCACACACUUAGUGGAUUAGAACGAGAAUUUAUCUCCACCUGCAAUUUUAAUUCCUAUUUGCCAUGUCACCUGACAGUCACAAGAUCUGGGAAUUAGUGUUGGGGGCCAUUAUUCUACUCAGUACAGCCCCAUCCAUUCCCUGCACCAUGGGGCAUCUGGUUGUACACCAAGGAAAGUGUAAGUUUAGUUGCCCCGGUAGGCCUCUGCUACUCCAAAGAGCCUACUCCUCCCUGAGCCUAAAAGUCCCCUCAGAGCACAAGAGAGGGCAAGCCUGACCUAGCUUUGAUUAUGCUUCUAAGGUGCCGAGCUGGGGUUUCGAGCCAGCUCUGUGAGUUUGUCCCUUUUUCCCAGGUACUGUCUUAAGGCACUGUGGCCAGUAGCUGGCCAGUAUGACGAUGCAUAAAAGUAUUUCUACAUUUGUAUGAGUUAGCUUAUAUGAUGUUAUUAUUAAUAUUUUUUUAUAGUACUGAUUUUGUAUAUGUGUACUAAGACUAGAUCCAGGUUUUUAUAGCUUGAUAUAAAGCUGAUUUGAA